ACUGGUGGGCACAGGUGGGUGGGCACAGGUGGGGCACUACUGGGCACAGGUAGGUGGCACUUCUGGGCACAGGUGGUGACACUGCUGGGUGGCACAGGUGGGCGCACUGCUGGGCACAGGUGGGCGCACUGCUGGGCACAGGUGGGCGCACUGCUGGGCACAGGUGGGCAGAACUUGUGGGUGGCACUGCUGGGCACCGAUCAUCAGGGCACUGCUGAUCACGUGAUGUGGUAAAAGGUCAAUCACAGCGGCCUUUUACCAUGUGAUCAGCCGUGUCCAAUGACACGCUGAUCACAGGGAAAUGCAAUUGCCGGUUCUCGGCUGCACUUUCCUCAUACUGUCAAAGCAUGAGGAAAGUACUGCUGAGAACCAGCAGUUG